AUGACCGAGAACAUUGUUCAUGGGAUCGCUAGUGUUUUCACUCCACCCCACCACCGACGUCAAGGCUAUGCGGCACGGUUGAUGAAAGAGCUCGCGAACAUACUCUAUGGCUGGCAAUCGGAGCAUUUACCUUGCGUCGGAAGCAUCCUAUACUCAGAUAUCGGCCCAAGCUACUACACAAAGCUGGGAUGGCACGUCAAUGCCACAAAUUCUCACUAUACAUUCAACCCCGCGCGGAUACCAUGGCCUUCAGAGGCAAAGGGUUUGUCCAAGACCAGCCUGGUUGAGCUCUGCGACAGAGAUGAAACUAUGAUCCGUGAUGCAAUGAAGACUUCGGCGAAUGUAGAAAGGCGCGUGGUGAUAAUCCCAGAUAUUGAUCAUAUGCUUUGGCACAUAGAGAAGGAACAGUUUAUGAGCGAACUCUUCUUGGGAAAGAUCCCGUUGCUAAAAGGGGCAAUUGCAGGGCCACCGGGGAAUCAGAUAUGGGUGGUAUGGACUCACUGUUACUACAGCCACCCCGAAGAGGAAUCGAACGAAAAUGGACUCAAUAUACUGCGCCUUGUUGUGGAGAAUGAACACCCCGGAUCAGUCAAUUACGAUGAAUUGCUGAGAUCGUUGAAAGCCGUUAUUCAUGCAGCACAAUGGGAGGCUAAUGAAUGGAAGCUCGAUUACGUUAAUUUGUGGGAGCCUUCAAAAUUGGUCAAGAAGAUGAUUGAAAAAAGUGGAAUUAGUCAUGAUAUAGUUGAAAGAGAAGAUGAGGCAAUUGCCUGUGGCAUGUGGUACGAUCAGAAUGGAAUAAUAAUCGAUGCGCCGCUCUGGGUUAACAACGAACGGUACGCUUAUUGUUGA